UUUUGGUAAUCUUAUAAUACCCCUUCACUCUAAUUCCCUCUCCAAAAUUGAGAGAAAUGAAAACAAAAUUCUUUUUAUCAAAUAUGCAAAAGUAAGCAAAACAAAUCCUAACAUUGGAGAUAAAUGAAAACAUUUGCCUUAUUCUACUCCUUGAAUUAAUUACCUCACUGUCAGGAGGUAAAUAGCACGAUUCAGCCAAACAGAUUUUAUAUUUGUUUCUGUAGUUAAUAGGGAACUACUGGAGUUUACCUUUUGGAGAGGAAAAGGUGGUUGACAUGCUGGACUCUUGCUUUAGGAAAAUCACUUUAGUGGCUGAAUGGAAAUGGAGUAGAGUGAGGACAGACUAGUGGCAGGGAGAACCAUAUGUACUCUGGAGUGGUGGUGUGGCGGCAAUGUUAGAGGAGAGAAGGAGACAUGUGCAAGAGAUGUUGCAAAGGUAAAUUCAACAGGCUUUGGCAACAAAUUUAAUUUCAUGUAAUCAGAAUGAUCCAUUUUAUUUUUUGUGAUUGUUUCUGCCUUUUUUGUUAUGCCCUCUAGCCAUAGAUGUAAUGUGACCUUUAAUAUUCAGGUUACAUACUAGAUGAUGUCCUUUAUACCAUUCCUUGUAUGGCAAUCAUCCUUAGAAAUGUGCUGAAGCAUACAAUGUCUGUUACCCUUUAGAUAACUUGCAAUUUUCUUUUCUCAGGGACUGUGUUGUUCUCAGAUUCUGGACAUAAUUGCCAGAAUAUUGGUCUUAAAAGGAUGUUUUUUUUUUUUUAUUAUAAGAAGCAUUUUGGGAAUGUUGAAAAGGUUACACAAUUCUUAGGACUAUUGCUUUAUAGCUAAAAGUGACCUCACCAAUCCCUUCACUUCAUAAGUGAGGAAACUGAGGUCUAGAGAUGCUAAUUAAUUUGUCCAGAAUCACAAAAGUAGAAAAUAUGUGAUGUUAGAGUGACCUCACGUCCUCUGAUUCCAGAUUCAUGAACAGGAGUUCCUGGAGGACCUCACCUAAGAAAUUUCAGUUAUAUUUGGAUUCUUUACUCCACAACAUACUCCACGACAGUGAUAAAUACUGUUGACUAGUACACAUCAUUUUUAUGCCUUGUUUGAUUAAUAUUGAAAUUUGACUAUGUUUUGCAUCUAAAGAAAACUUGUAUGAUUUUAACCUUUGCAUUGGAGACAUAGCUGCAUUUCAUUUUGCCAAAUCAAAAACAUUUUAUUGUCUACAGGAAAUAAUCAGAGUGAGAUUUUGUAUUCUCUGCAUGUUUCAAUCAAUUGAGUAAACUGUGAAGAUGUAGUUGGAUGUAGAAAAUAGUUUGUGAAAGCCUGUCUAUUCUCUUUUCAUAUUUUCUACAAGCUUAUCCUUGAUAUAUGUGUAGAUUAUUCUUAUGCAGAUUUUUAUAGAAAUAAAAGCAUGUUGAUUGAUAGUUAUUGAUAUAGUAUUGAUGUAGUAUUUUGAAUAGUAAUGCCAUCUGUAAUUUUUUUCCAAUUUUUAAAAAUCUUUCAGAUUUCUUAAGAAUCAAUCAGCCUUAUCAAAAUUUUGUCAGUUCUAGAAAGGAUUUUCUCUUUAUGUAUACUUGGUCUCGUCCAGCUGUUUUCUAGACAUCACUCUUUAGUGCCAUUUCCAUUUUCUAGUUAGCUUACUGGGGACUGUUGUGUUAUAGUCCAGUUUAUAUGGCAUUUCUACUGCUAUAUAUGAGAAAAUAGUUUGUUAUAGAAAUGUUGUAAGUCUCUUCCAAUUUGAUGUUUGUUGUUUCCCUAGUUUACUAUAUAAAUAUUGUAGAGAUGGUCUGGCUUAACUGAAUUUCAUGCCAAGCAUUCUGAUACACUCUCCCCGCAUAAACUCUUUCCCCUCCACUGCUUUUUGCUCAUUUAUGAGGCAUAUUGCUCCUGAUCUAUCCUCUUCCUCUUUAGUAAGUGAGUUAACAUUCUAAACUAUUAUCGAUUUUGCCUUCCACCUCUCUCCUCUUGGUAAGGAGAGGAAAUGUUUGCUAACUAGGGUGGUUUCUGGGCUCUUUUGUUUUUCUUGUUAGGGUAAUUGCUUUGCAUUGGUUAAACUUCUGUAGGAAAUUAUGUUAGUCAGUGUCAUUUUUUUUUCCCUUUAGCCAGAAUGCAUUAAAAAAUAGGUCAGGUUGAAGCUGUUGUGACUGCAUAUCAUACCAUCUUUAUUACCUUUAUAUUUUUCUAAGUUGGUAUGAAUUUUGCUUUUUUUCCCUCUGACAAGUGGACUGUACAGGUAGCUGAUUCACUUAGUUACUCAAUAAGCAUUUAUUAAGCAACACUUAUGUGUCAGAUACCUUAUUAAGUGCUGAAGAUUCAAAGAAUGGCAUAAACAAAACAAAACAGAGUCCCUACUCUCAAGGAGCUCAAAAUCUAAUGGGGGACACACACAAAUACUAAUUUUUAAAAGAAUAAUAUUUAAUUUUUCCCUGUUACAUGUAAAAUAAUUUUUUAACAUUCAUUUAAAAAAUUGAGUUCCAAAUUCUCUCUCUCCUCAUACUUUCUCUAAUCCCUCCUUCCCUCCCUCCCAACCUUUUCUCCUCCCUGAGAUGGUAAGAUGAUAUAGAUUUUGCAUGUACAAUCAUGUAAAACAUUUUUCCAUAUUAGUCAUUUUGUGGAAGUGAUUUCAAAUGAAAAAUAAAAGAAGAAAGAAAGUGAAAUAUAGUAUGUUUCCAUCUGGAUUCAGACUCCAUCAGUUCUUUCUUAGAGGGCAGAUGACAUUUUUCAUCAUGAGUCUCUGGGAUUAUUUUAGAUCACUGCAUUGCUGAGAAUAACUAGGUCAUUCACAGUUAUUCCUCAAAAGAUAUUGCUGUUACUAUGUAAAAUAUUUUUCUGGUUCUGCUGACUUCACUUUGCAUCAGUUCAUGUAAGUCUUUCCAGAUUUUUCUGAAAUUAUCCUGCUUGACUUUUCUUAUAGAAUGAUAGUAUUCCAUCACAGUUUUUUACCACUUGUUCAGCCAUUCCCCAGUUGAUGGAUAACCCCUCAAUUUCCAAUUCUUUGCUAUCACAAAAAGAGCUCAUGCAAAUAAAUAUGUACAAAUGAUAUACACAAGAUAAAUGAAAGCUUUCAACAGAAGGAAGGUAUUAACAUUAAGGGAGAAUCAGAAAGGCUUCUUGUAGAAGUCUAAGAUUUUAGCUGGGAUUUGAAGGAAGUCAGAAGGCAGAGAUGAGAUGUGGAGAAAGAAUUCCAGGCAUGGAGAACAGCCAGGGAAGAUGCAAGGUUCAGACUUGUUUCAGGAAUAGCAAAGAGGAUAGUGUCCCUGGAUCACAGAGUAUAUGGUGUGGGCAUGGGAUGGUGGGACAGAAGUGGGUAAGAUGUGAGAAAAAUGUAAAGGUAAGCAAGGGGGCAGAUUAUGAAAGCCUUUUUAUUUUUGUUACUAGAAGUGAUAAAGAUCUCCUAGAAUUAUGGACUUGGGGGUGUUGUAAGCAAUUUUAGUCAUUCCUUGGAGAUAUUGCAGGUUCAGUUCUAGACCACUACUACAAUAAAGCAAAUAGCCCAAUUAAGCUAGUCACAUGAUUUUUUUGGUUUUCCAGGGCAUAUAAAUGUUAUAUUUACACUAUGCUGUAGACUACUGAGUAUGCAAUAUAAUUGUGCCAAAAAUGUACAUACUUUAAUUAAAGAUAUUUUUAUUUCUAAAAAACAUUAACCACCAUGACAGUCAUAAUCUUUUUUCUGGUGGAGGGUCUUGUCUCAUUGUUGAUAGCUGCUGACUGAUCAGGGUGGUGGUUGCUGAAGUUAUGAAUGGCUAUGACGAUUUCUUAAAAUAAGACAACCCUAAAGUUUACUACAUCAAUUGACUCUUCCUUUCAUUGGAACUCUCAGAGGCCAUUGUAGAAUUUUUAAGUGGCCUAAUUACAAUAGUUGUAGUUCAGGAAAUAGAGAGACCCAACAAGAGGGAGAGAGAUGGGAAACAGUGGUCUAUAGAGCAAUCAGAAUACAUGCAACAUUUAUUAAUUGUUUGCUGUUUUAUGUGGACAUGAUUUUUGAUGCCCCCAAACAAUUACAGUAGUCACAUUUUGUGAUCCCAGAUCACCAUAAUAAAUAUAAUAAUAACAAAAAAGUCUGAAAUAUUGUGAGAAUGGCCACAUUGUAACAUGAUGUGAGCACAUGUUAUUGGAAAAUGGUACCAGUAGACUUGUUUGAUGCAGGAUUGUCAUAAAAAUUUUGUAAAAACAUGUUGUAUAUGGGAAGAGAAUUAAAACAAAGUGCAAUAAAAUAAGAUAUGCCUGUAGUUAGUGUUAAUAUUGUUUCCUCUCCAUGUCUUAUUUUUUUAAUAGGUCAGGUUGGGUCUGUUGUAAUCACAUGAUUCUCAUAGCCUUUCUUCUGAACUGCUACUGAUUUUGAUAUUUUCUCUGACAAUUUAAUGAGUUGGCUGCUUAGGCAGCUGAUUCAGAAAUGAAUUCCACACUGGAAUCGAUUGUUUCCUGUUAAGAUAAGUUUCAUUUUCUGUGAUGUUGUUCAGUGCUCACCAUCUUGUUUGGAGCUCACCAUCUGACUCUUCUUGAAGAAAGUAUUUACAAAUAUAGGCAUAACAAUUAAAGGUAGUCUAUAAGCCUCUUUCUUAGUCUAGAACCUUAUUUUCCAAAUAUUUUUUUGCCAUUUUCCCCUAAACACUUCUAUUUAUUGAAGUCUCUGAAUGUUAAAGUAUAUAUUGAUUUAGUUUUGACUAUCUUAUUAAAUUAUUUUUAGAAUUUCUCUACCUUCUACACAUUUUAGCAUGUAAGCUGCAGUUAUGCUUUUAAAAUUUGUAUUGCUUACCCACGAGAUGGUUAUUUUUGUGGCUUUUGGGUUAGAUUAAAUCAACUCCUUUAUUUGUCUGUCUGAGAACACACGAACCGUCUCUUCAUUUUGCUUUAUUUUCUUUAUAUCUUUUAGUAUUGGAAUAUUAAGAGUUUUGGACUUGGAGACAGUUUGCUUAGAUUUGCAUUCCACCUCUGUCACCUACUACCUGCAUAGCCAUGGUCAAGUCAUGUAACCUUUCUGAGCUUUCAUUUCCUUAUCUAUAAAAUGGGAUAAUAAUUCUUGGAAUGCAUACAUUGCAUGAAUAGUUUUAUGGAUCAAAUGAAAUAAUAUAUAGAGCACUUAUGGGACUCUAUAAAGAAAUUAACCAUUAUUUGUUUACAUUGAAAUAGUCAAUAUUGAUAUAGUUUGAUUGCUCAGUUAGUAUAUCAUUUAAUACACUCAGUGAAUAUUUAUAACUUGUCUAAAUAUGUGUAAUGGUUAGUAUCCUGUAUUUCCUUUUCUAACACUCUAUUCUUCAUCAUUAUAGAAAUAAAAGGAGCCUCAUAGGACUGAGGAUCAUUCAUUUCCCUUUGUUUUAUGGAUUAACAUGAUCAAAAAGUUCAUCAUAUACUGGCCAGCUUUUAGGUGAUAAAGCUUCUCCAUAAUGAGAGACAUUCAAGAGACACUGAAGGUUUUUGAGCAGGGGAAUGACAUGAUUGAACUUGUGCCUUAGGAAGAUUAUUUUGGCAACUGUGUGGUGGAUAGAUUUGGAGAAGAGAGGAACUGGAAUCUGGGAGACCAAUUAGGAGGCCAUUAUAAUUAUCCAGCUAAGGGACAACCCCACAUUGUUUGAAGAAAGCUAAAGCUGAAACUCCUUCACUGAGAACCUUUAUUGAAGUCUUACUCCCUGCUCAGGCUUAGCUGUCCCUCGCCUGCAUAUGACUUACAGAAUUUUUCUUAUCUACAAUGGAUUCCAGUAAAAAGAUGGACCCCCCUAAUCCAUUGCAAACUGUACAACAAAAGGCAAAUCCUGAUCGUGGUGCUGCAGUAUCAAUUUAUGUCCCAGAACAAGGGGGCUACAAGGAAAAAUUUGUGAAGCCUGUGGAAGACAAAUAUAAGUGUGAAAAGUGUCAUCUCAUUUUAUGUAACCCUAAGCAGACAGAAUGUGGCCACCGAUUCUGUGAAACCUGCAUGCAUGUCUUGUUGAGUGCUCCAAGUCCAAAAUGUACAGCAUGUCAAGAAAACAUCAUUAAAGAUAAGGUAUUUAAAGAUAAUUGCUGUAAGAGAGAAAUUCUGGCUCUUCAAAUAUAUUGUAGGAAUGAAAGCAGAGGAUGUACAGAACAAUUAACCCUAGGACAUUUACUGGUACAUUUAAAAAGUGAAUGCCAGUUUGAAGAACUUCCAUGUGUCCGUGCUGACUGCAAAGAAAAAAUCCUGCGAAAAGAUUUACAAGACCAUGUAGAAAAGUCAUGUAAAUACCGAGAAGCCACAUGCCAGUACUGUAAAAGCCAAGUUCCCAUGAUUACACUGCAGAAACAUGAAGAUACAGAGUGUCCAUGUGUUGUUGUCUCAUGCCCACAUAAAUGUAGUGUUCAGACACUUUUGAGGAGUGAGUUGAAUGCACAUUUGUCAGAAUGUAUUAAUGCCCCAAGUACCUGUAGUUUUAAGCGUUAUGGCUGCACUUUUCAGGGAACAAAUCAGCAAAUUAAGACUCAUGAGGCCAGCUCUGCAGUGCAACAUGUUAAUUUACUGAAAGAAUGGAGUAAUUCUCUAGAGAAAAAGGUUUCUUUGCUACAGAAUGAAAGUGUAGAAAAAAACAAGAGUAUACAAAGUUUACACAAUCAGAUAUGUAGCUUUGAAAUAGAAAUUGAAAGACAAAAAGAAAUGCUCCGGAAUAAUGAAUCCAAAAUACUUCAUUUACAGCGAGUAAUUGAUAGUCAGGCUGAGAAGCUUAAAGAACUGGACAAAGAGAUACGUCCCUUCCGACAAAACUGGGAGGAGGCCGACAGUAUGAAAAGCAGUGUGGAAUCCCUCCAGAAUAGAGUAACAGAACUGGAAAGUGUGGAUAAAAGUGCAGGACAAGCAGCACGAAACACAGGCUUGCUCGAGACCCAGUUGAGCAGACAUGACCAGAUGCUCAGUGUUCAUGACAUUCGCCUGGCUGACAUGGACCUCCGCUUCCAAGUCCUAGAAACCGCCAGCUAUAAUGGAGUGUUAAUCUGGAAGAUCCGAGAUUAUAAACGGCGGAAGCAAGAAGCUGUCAUGGGGAAGACCUUGUCGCUGUACAGCCAGCCUUUCUAUACUGGCUACUUCGGCUAUAAGAUGUGUGCUAGGGUUUACCUCAAUGGGGAUGGGAUGGGAAAAGGAACUCACUUGUCUUUGUUUUUUGUCAUAAUGCGUGGAGAAUAUGAUGCUUUGCUUCCUUGGCCAUUUAAGCAAAAAGUGACUCUCAUGUUAAUGGAUCAGGGAUCUUCUCGGCGUCAUUUAGGAGAUGCUUUCAAACCCGACCCAAACAGCAGUAGUUUCAAGAAACCUACCGGAGAGAUGAACAUUGCAUCUGGUUGCCCUGUCUUUGUGGCCCAAACUGUUCUAGAAAAUGGGACGUAUAUUAAAGAUGAUACUAUUUUUAUUAAAGUCAUAGUGGAUACGUCGGAUCUUCCAGACCCCUGACAAGUAAAUGGGGAAAUGGAUUAAGCAACAGGUAACCCCAUUUAGGGGUUUUGAACCAGUCUGUCUUCAAUGAGGUCCUAAGCUCAGAAGAGGACCUUGUGGAACAGAAGGAAGAGUCUGAAGGCAUAAUUGCUUAGGGUCCAAUGGUGACGUAGCAACACAUUAAGAAAUCAUACCUUGGUAUAUUUUCUAAUAGAACUAGCAACACUUCAACUCUGAAGAAUUAUUUAUCCUUCAUUGAGAUAAAUAUUACUAUCAGAGAGGGUUUUAAUUUUAAUUUUUAAAGAUCUAGUUAAUUGAGGUAGAAAGACAUAUAUGCUAAGCAAAAACAACAACAACAACAACAACAACAAACAAACAAAACAGAUAUGAUUUUUCUUCCUUAAACUAGAACACCAAAAAAUUCACAUGUGGGGAUAGCUGGAUAUGUCAGCAUGUUAAGUAAAAGAAGAAAUGAUGAAAUAAUAAUGCAGUUCUGAUAUAUUCAUUCAAAAAAAAACCCAACAACAAAGCAGAGUGCAAUCUUGUUUCAAAUACAAUAUAUUGUCUAUUUUUAAGGCCUCACCUGGUCUCUGUUUUAAUAAUUUGUUUGUCAGAAGACCCUGAAAUACUCAGUCUCUAAAUUAAGAAUCAUUUUUUUAAUUUAACGUUUUAUUGAUAAUUAUUAACGCAAACAUCUUAUUUUAAAAUGUUGAUAGAUGAUAUUUCUUGGAAGAAAAUGUAAAAUAUCAAACACUGGUUAUCACUUGUGAUAGGAAAGAAAAUAUUCAAUCUGUUGUUAUUUCUCGUUAGAAAUGUAAACCUACAAUAUAUGUCGUAGUUAAUGACACUACUUCAAAAUUAUUAAGAAAGAAAAAUUGCUCAUGGAUGCCGUGCAUCAUUCUCAGAUUUAUAAUUGUUUUCACCCUAAAAUAGGGCAUUUGUUGAACUCUGAAGUUCUAAACAAAAUCCUGUAGGUUUUUAAAGCUCUGCCCCAUGUGUUCAAAUGAUCUCUCUAUUGCUGAUGACACAAAUAUUCAAUCUCCAAGAUGCUUAGUGUUCUGGGGGGUGGGAAAGGUGAAUCUUGCAGAAAGUGGUCACUUUAGAUAUGUUUAUUCAUUCUGUCACAAUUGCUGCAUUUUGUUAAAGAUCUCAGAAAGUGGAGUCUUUACAAUGAGAUGGUGGCAUAAUGUACAUGUGCCUUAGAUGUGACAUGCUGCUUCUAUCCCAUAGGUUUGUCCUCAGUUAAAUUAGAGAAACGAUAGCUUAACCAGACUUUUCUGUUGUCAUCUGUGGACUCUGUCCAUAGGAGGGCCCCUCAACGAUUUCCUGUACAUGCUGACGAGAAGCCAAACUAUCCUUUUGGCCUCUGGAGCUUCCAUCGCUUGAUUGUUGUGGAUUCCCAAUUUUCAGGCCCCAACAGUUUUCGCCCACUGCUCCCAAGGAGCUUGGGCUUUGGGCUUCGGCCUCAUUCCCCAAGGCUAAACGUGGAGCAGAAAAUUAUGCCCUCUUCCAUAGCCCUGCAUGGAAGAAGAUGGCGCAGAUGACUAAAUUGGCUCAUCUGGGCUCUCUCACAAUGUAAAUCGCUUCUCCCCUCGGGGAUGGCUUGUCCAGGCCGACUCACAGAUAUCCCUAGCAUCCAUCUCUUCCCGGGAAACACUGUCCAGGCUUCUAUUGGCACAGCCUGAGCUUUCCCCAAAAGGCUUUUUUUCAAACCCAAUUUCCCUUCUUCUCUUAAUGGUCUGACUGUGAUUAGGCGUCUGAUGACCUAUCUCCUGUCUUUUACCUUUUACUAUGCACCAUAUUCUAUAGGUGCUUCUUAACAUCGAUGGGUGCUAAACCUUGAUGGGUGCUUCUUAGGCAAAACCAAUGUGUAUGAACUACCGCAUCUGUGCCACGUUCAAGAGAAAUUCGCACCCCCACCAUUGGCCAGUUGUGGGGUGCUCCUCAGACUGCCUGCCUCUUGGGCUCUUUCUACAAUCUGUAGCAUGGGGACAGUUGGAUUCAUGCCUCUGUAGUUCACCUUGUCUCUGGUGCUAUUGUCUGUCAUGGGUGUGCCUUCACACACAGUGCCUGCAGGAAGGACUUUCCGAUUACAAACAGUAAUUCAGCGCAUACCAUAAGUAUUCAGUGCAUACCAUAAGUGGUCUUCAUUGGUUUUCCAAGCACCUGUUCCAGUACGACCUAUUGUUUAAGUAGCACAAACUCUCCAUUCAUUGUCACUCGUCUUCCGUUGACUUUUAUUCAUCGCAUUGGCGUUCCUUUGGGGGGGGGGGGGCACGCGUUACUGCCAUCCAGUAAGACCUCAUUUGAAUCAUAAGUUUCUGUCACUACUCAUAAAGGAAGGACUUCCUGCAGAAGAUCUGACAGCUGCAGUAUUUAUAGGCUGCCCACCUAAAACCACUGUUACCUCGAAGGUAUGCCCUGGCUGUGCCCGGGUCUUGUUCAGCUGUGUGUUCUCCUAAGAGGCUUUUGGAUGCAGGCAGCCUGGCAGUCCUUACAGUGGGCCUCAGGCCCUCCCCCGAGGCCACCCACAGGGACUGCUCCCAAGGACUUUUUUUCCAACACAAGAAAACCACGUAUGAUUGUCUGAAAUUUUAAAAGAAAUACAAAAACAUUUGUGGCCUUGUAAAGAAAUCCCCUCCCUAGAUUGAAUCCUGGUUUGAGCUGGGGAUUACCUGGAAGCAUUACAUUGAAGCAUCCAUUCCCUUUAUGGUAGGACUUCUCCAAAUAGAUUUCCCAGACUAAGACAAUUGGUUGAAUUAAGGUAGAAAUUUUUUCCCUUGGCUUUCCAACAUAUGAAGCCCAUAGUUUUUAAUUUCAGUAAAACUGUGAAAUCUCACCUAGAGCAAGGAGGUGCUGUAUGUCUUAUAGUCUUUUAGUAAUUAGGUUAAUAUUUAUUGGAACUAUUUUUUUUCAAUAUACCUUUUGGAUUUUUUCUCUUUCAAACAGACAAAUUUUGUCAGAAAACUUUUUGAGUCUCUUACAUGCUCUACAGUAUUUUCAGUUUUGUUACCAAUAGUUGGCAUAAUUGGAUCUCUUCAACAAUACCAUUUUCUGUUUGAACCAUUGUUCUCGAACAGUCAGAAGCUGUUCAUUCUUAUGAGGCAAUGGUUUGCUCUAAUAUUGUGGGAGAAUUGAAUCCCCCAACAUUUUCAAAAGGCCGCAGGCUACUAGGAGUUGAAUGUUUCUAUGUGUUAGAUGCUCUGUGUAUGUGUGCACCUUCUUUACUAUUAUUGAGUGACAAAUUUCCAACGUAACAAAACUGCUCCAGUAAUUAAAAACAAAGUUAAGUAUUUGUGCAUGAAUUAGUCUACUUAAUUUCCCUGAUAAAUUUUAUAAUGAAAAUAGGAACUCUUCCUGCCUUUAUAACUACUUUUGCAGUCUUUCUCUCUUUCCCUCUCCAUCUUUACCUUUCCUCUCUUUCUCUCCCUCUCUCUCUCCCUCCCUCCCUUUUCUCCUUCCCCCUUUCUCUCCCUCCCUCUCUCCUUUUUUCCCUCUCUCUCCCUCUCUUCCUCUCCCUUGCUCCAUUCUCUCCCUUUCUCUUUCUCUCUCCCUCCUUCUCUCUCCCUCCCUCUCUCUCUUCUUCUUCUUCUUCUUCUUCUUCUUCUUCUUCUUCUUCUUCUUCUUCUUCUUCUUCUUCUUCUUCUUCUUCUUCUUCUUCUUCUUCUUCUUCUUCUUCUUCUUCUUCUUCUUCUUCUCCCUCUCUCUCCCUCCACCCCAAUAUAACUUUUUGUUCAUGCAGUUCAUUGACAGUGAUGAGGCAAGAAGCAUUGUUGUAUCAGGACCAUGCUAGAAAAUCACUCACUGUGGAUGAUUUCAUAUAGUUUUAGGAAUACAUGACCUCUCCCUAAUUUGAUAGGAAUUGUAUUGUUGCACUCUCAACCAUCUUUAAAUCCUGUCAUUGCUGGCAUGGCUUUUCAUUACUCAGUAGACUGGGAUUUUUGUACGUAUUGUUGGCCCACUCUUCCAUACCAGCAGGUCUUGUUACCUAAUUUGUAUUUGUAACAGAGAAAUAGAAAAUGUAUCUAAAAUAUGUAGUGAUGCAACUUCAAUGCCUAAUAUUCACCUGUAAUUUGUAAAAAUUUACAACCCAAUGAAUAUCCAAAACCAGGUUCUCUUCUAAGCUGGCUUUCUACCAUACUAGAAGGCAAGUUUGGAAGAUAGAACCUUUGCCUGGGAUGUGACUGAAAAGUCUUUUCAAACAAGAUAUGGAAAGAGCUUUGUAUUCCCUUAGGGUUUUAAAGUGUUGAAUAAUAUGAAUGUUGGGGUGUCAUUUUAUUUAGUCAUCAACUGGGAAAGCAUACUGUUAGUAAUGAAAAUUUGAGAUAUCUUCUAAAGCUAAAAAUCAGCUUCUGGGCUGGAUGUAAUGAGUUUGAAUUUGGCCCUUUUCAUAAAAAAAAAAAGUUCCCAAGUUCAUAUAUGUGAUUGAUAGUCUCAAAUUCACAUACUAAAUAAUUACGCUAAAGGAUUCGAUAAGAAAGUGGCAAUGCUUUCCCAGAUGUUGAGAUUCAAUGGCACUCUCAUAGUUUUAAUGCCUUGAUAAAUGUUAACUAUGCAAGCAAAGUAGGCCGAGAAGAGGUCUUCUAUCUUAACGGCUUAUGUUCAUGGUCUCAGUUGAGAUAGUAGUCCAUCCCCAGGAAAGAUGCCCUGUGAUUGACCAUUCUUCAGAAACAUGGAGUGUAGAAAUCAGAGACUACAUGUCUCCAUAUUCCAAAUCAACCAGAUGACAAAGUCAGUCAGUCAAACAGAUGAGUUAUGGAGGAGCUAUUUUUGGUCUGUGAUAUCAACCAAGCAUAGUAGAAUGGAAAAAAUGCUGGACCGGAAAUGAAAAGACCCGACUGACCCUUGCUGGCUGUGAGACUGGCAAAACUCUUCCUCUCUCUGGACUACAGUUUCCUCAUCUGUAAAAUGAGGAAGGUUAGACUAGAUGAUCCCCGUGGUCUCUUCUAGCUCUAACAUUCUGUGAUUUUACUAAGCUGAUCUGAAUGAUUCUGUCAUUACCACCACCGCCAAACUGACUAGUUUUUUGACUGAAUUAGCCAAAUCAUCUGAUGAUUUUGACAUUAUACAGACACAAGCCAAACGAAUCUCUUUGGAGGACUACAAGCACCUCAUAAUGCUAUCAAGGAAACUAUUAGACAGUAACUCCUCAUGGCUUCCCACUGUCCAUGUAGGAAGAUCUAGGAAGGGAAAACACUGAUCUGCCUUGUUUCUAAACUCCUCCAAGUCUUCUCCCUGAUAUGAGUCACAAAGAAGUGACCAGUUAUGGGGGCUACUGCUCAUGCAGCUCAGUGAGGGGGGGUGAAGCAUUUAUAUUAAGAGUUACAAACCACACCUGAGACUUCGGUCCACAUCUCCUUCUUCCCAAAGGAGUACUGAAGACAGCAGACCUAACGUCUUUGAGAUAUGUCAAGACAGUGAGACUGACAACUAGAUCCUUUGAUGGUCUAAGGAGAGGAGCCCUAGCUUCUCGACCCCAUUGUUUCCCCUUAAGCAGAAUAGAGAACCCCAGGAAAUACUGUGCAUGAUCCCUCCUGGUUAUGGUUCCUGGCUUAUCCCAGGGUAGACUUCUUCCCUGGCUGGGUGACUCAGCCACACAGGUGGCUCAUUAAGUCAGUGCAAUCAAGAAUUAAGGGCAUUUUAAACUCUUGACAUUGGGGCUUCUAACUUGAACCCUUGCCUGUUUAAAAUACAUCUCAAUUGCUUGGAUAAUGUCUGUACUUCAAAGGACCUGUGAUUUCAUCAGUGUGGGUAUUCCUGCUCCUCAGGCAGAUGAGAACCUUUCCAGCCAGCCAUGCUGUCUCAUGAGUUAGUUGCUGUGGCUGGAGUAAAAAUAAACAAAACCCUUCCCACCUGGUAGUCCAUCUUCUGAUGCAUGAAAUUCUCUGAGUUUAACUAGUCUGGUCUUCAAGUGACAAGACGCUCAGUCUCUUAGUAGGUCUGUUCUCUAAACCUUUCCAGUUUGGUAGAACAUACCAGAGUUUGGCAUUUGGCAUAACUUUUGAGAAAUCGGAGUGACCUCCAUGUCACAGUAAGGCAUCAGAAUGGGGCUCUGCUGGAAGUAGAUGAAGCUUUAGAAUGCUGCAAAGGGCUGAACUAUAGCUGUAAAACAAUAUUUUUUUAACAUGUAGUCCAGAUCUUUUAGUCCAUAGGUUAUCAGGAGGAGGAAAAUUCAGGGAACUCACUUAAAUGUGGGAGAUGAAUGUGGGAUCUGUUCUCCAAAUCUCUUAUUUCUUGACCAUGAUUGUAGUUUUUGUCUUCCAUUUCAAAAUCUGUAACACCUUGCAUGCGUUUUUCUCCAGAGUACGAUAAUUUGUUAGAGUUUAAGGCAGGUGAAUUUCAUUUGAGAGUUCAAUCUUUGGAAAUAGUGGAAACAUUGGCUGUCUCAAUAUCAUUGGUUUUAAUGGCAACAUUCAUCUCUAGUAAUUUAUUAAACACCUAUGCUGUGCAAGACACUGUGCUAUAUGUCAGGGAUACAAAGAUGGAGGUGACAUCGUAUUCCCAAGGAGUUUACUAUCUAAUAGGGAAGAAAGAGAAGCCCACAAGUUACUUUUAUGUUCAAAGGAAAGUUCUAAGCAAAGAGAAACUUGAGAUGAAGAGUUCACUUGGUGGGUUACGAAAGGGCCAUGUCUGGAAAUGCUUCUUGGAGGAAAUGGUGUUUCUGGGGAUUUGUUUUUCUCUGGCUUUCCGGGGGUUAGGAUUCUGUCCUGGUCAUUGUUGUACGUCUCAUGACUCCUUAGCACAGUGCCUUGCACAUAAAUGAGCACUGAAUAAAUAUUUAUUGAAUUUAAAAAGGUCUUUGUCAUACAUUAUUAUGCCACUAGAUUUUUUAAGGAUUUUUAAAUAUCAUAAUUGAAGAAAAUAGAAGCAUCAGAACAAUAAUAAAUUGAGGCUAUUAUAAGAUCAGCAAAGGCCAACAAGGAUUUUUAGGUGACUUUUUCUCCUUCAUUAAAUGUGAUAUAACUUGACUUUCAGUACAGAAGUGAAAAGGCAGAUUCUCCAACUAUGACCUGCACCCUUGGCAGAGAGUUGUCCAGUCUAGUUUGGGAGAACAACAGAAUGGGUUUAAACAUCCAUAACUGCUAAGGUACCGUGCAGCUCAUUUUAUCUCUUUCAUAGCUGCUAUAUUUGGAGUAUAUUAUAUUGUUUUCACUGUCUUGGUGAACUUAAAAAAAAAAGGUGAAAGUCAGAAUUUCUUUAAUUGUGGCAUCAGACUCCACGAAUUAGCUGGGAUUGAUUUCAGAUCUUGUUGAUUGAUUGAUCUUAUUCCCCUUAGACAAGUAGGAUAACCAUUAACAACAAAUGAAGUGACUUUUAAUUGGAAAACAAAAAUGGACAUUAUUUCCAAGGACUUCUGUAAGAAAUAUCUGUGGAAGAACAUCACUGACAAAGAACCAUAUGUAAAUCAAUGUAAAAAAUUGUGUCACAUUUUUGGAAUUGCAUUGACUUCACCAAUGGUACACUUGUUAUGUUCAGUUCUAUUAUCCAAAAACAAAGACCAAAGAAGGCCAAUCUCAUGUGACUGUGUAUUUUUAAUCUGCCUGUUUUAAAGAUGAUCAUAUGUAGUAACCAUUAGCUAUAAGGAUACUUUUUUGGCAGUACAAGUGAUCUGGUAACCAGUGGUUAAUGUACUGUGUCUCUCUGCUCUUCUAGGUUUAAAAAAAAAAGGAAAAAAAAGACAAUAUAAUUUAUUGCUCAGCAAUAACCAUGUUGUUAGUAACAACAUGUCUUAAUUUUCCAAUAGCAUUAUUAUGUUUUGUAUUUCUGUUUAUUGUAUAUUAUGUGUGGUUUUAUUUGGUAUUUAUUUGUGUUUUGAGGUCUUGCAAUGUCUUUGUGUUUUUAUUGCUAAGUAAAGUUUGUAAGAGUAUAGAAUGCAAAAAAUUUAAAAAUGCUAAAUUGUCUGUCAUUAGAGGAAAAAUAAAUCUAAAUAAGGAAUUCUCACUUUUUGUAUAAAAAAAUCCCAUAAAUGUAAA